CCUGUGCGUACCGUACGUACGAGUACGAGUACGAACAUUCGUACCAUACCGUACGGUAUCGUACCUCCCCGACAAUCGGGAAAUCAAAAUCUCUCACCCGAUCCUACGGUACUACUACUCUCUGCUGUCAGUGAUCACACGGCAGUAUUUUUUGUGCUUUCCACCAUGGGCGACAACAGCAACAGCAACAGCAACAGCAACAGCAACACCAACAGCCAGAGCAACACCCCCGGAGCAGCGGGGACCGCCGCGACGGGCUUUGCCACCGCGCUGGUGGCGGGCGGGCUGGCGGGAACCAGCGUCGACGUCGCGCUCUUUCCCAUCGACACGCUCAAGACGCGGAUGCAGUCCCCCCAGGGGUUUGCCAGGGCCGGGGGCUUCCGGGGGAUYUACAACGGGCUGGGAGCCGCGGCGGCGGGAUCGGCCCCCGGGGCCGCCCUGUUUUUUUGCUCCUACGAGGUGAGUCGUGUCGUGUCGUGUCGUGUCGGGCGUUGUCUUUGGGUCUGGGUGCGAAGGAAAGGCGAGUCGAGUCGAGUGGAGUCGAAUGGAGACGAGUCCAGUCCAGUCGAGUCGAGACGAUGGAGCUGCUCCCGCACACCGAGAGUCCAAUCGAUCCGAGGCAUGCAUCUCAUUCGCGCCUUUUUUUGUUUUGCCCUUGCUUCCAAAUUCGAAUGCAUUCCAUUCCAAUGGACACCAAUCCAAUCCAUUUCAUUCCAAUCCAUUUCAUUUCAUUCCAAUCCAACCCGAUCCGAUCCGCGAGGCAGAAAUGCAAGCCCGUCGUCCGGCGGUGGCAGCGCGAUCUGRCGGGGGGCGGUUCCGGCGCCCCGGAAACCGGCUGGAACAGCCCGGCCCUCUCCCACAUGGCGGCGGCCUCCAUCGGCGAGUCGGCGGCCUGCCUGGUCCGGGUGCCCACGGAGGUCAUCAAGGCCCGGAUGCAGACCAGCACCUCCAGCGCGUCCUCGCUCACCAAGACCGUCCGGUCGGUCCUGGGAGAAACCCACGGGAAAGGCGGGGGCCUCCUCGCAAACUGGACGGGCGGGCUCUACCGGGGGUACGGGAUCACCCUCCUGCGGGAGAUCCCCUUUGCGAUGAUCCAGUUCCCGAUCUACGAGUUUCUCAAGRCCUUCUGGACCGAGACMCUCCGGGACGGGGUCCCCGUCAACCCGGUCCAGGCGGCCGCCUGCGGGAGCUUUGGGGGGGCGGUGGCCGCCGCCGCGACGACGCCCCUGGACGUCGUCAAGACCAGGCUCAUGCUGGGGGCCGACGCGGACGGGAGGCCCUACGACAAGGGGGUCCUGGACCUGGUCCGGCGGACCGCCGAGGAGCGRCCGAGCCGGCCCUGGGCCGUCUUUUUCAGCGGCCUGCAGCCCCGGGUGGUCUGGAUCUCCAUCGGCGGCUUUGUUUUUUUCGGGGCCUACGAGGGGUUCAAGACCUCCCUGUCGCCGGUCCUCGGCUGAGGCGCUUUCGGUGGGUCCGGUGUCCGCGGACGGGCCGGUCCCCGUGCCGUUUCUAGGAGAACCAAACGAAAGACCUCUCGGUGCCAUUGGAUGGAAUGAUACAGUUUUGUCGAACCAUCGAAACCGCCGCGGAAGGGGCCUCUUUGUCGCUGCCAACCAUCGCUGGAGUUGCGCAAGACGAGGCGCACCACGCACGACACAACACAACACAACACAACACAACACAAGCAAGCACACGUGCACCGGGCCCGCAAACAGCGAACUUAGUCGUCCGCGAGUGCAGCAUAAAUCGUGUCACGGAAC